AUGGAGCAACCCAAAGCUAAUACACCUAAACUUUUCAUAUGUACUGUUAUAGAAAACAAGGAUGAAAUUGAAGAGAGAUACGAAAGGGCUUACGUUUUCCUCCAAUCUCUGGUAGCAGACUGCAGUGAAAAAGAAGCUCACGACGCUCUUAAUAAUGCUGUAUGCAAGAAUCAUGAAGAUGUUUCUCUUGGAAUGCUUAUGUCCAUCCUCACUGAACCACAUAAUGCAACAAAAUGUUACAGAGAUCUAACGUUAAUUACUAGAGAUGGACUAACAGGCGUGCAGAAUAAUUUGUCCAAUUUAAUUUUAGAAAGCUGUGAGGGUGCUUCUGGCAUUAAAGAAGAAGGUGCUGAUGAUAUUUUGCCUAAGGGAGGAUUAGACGAACCAGCAUUUUCAGAUGAUGAAGAAGAUUCACAACCCAAUUUAACAGAAGACACAGAUGAUGAUGAUAUUCCACUUUCAGAAGUUCGUGCGCGUGAGCGCCCCGAGUUGGCUGCGGCACUACCUAUAAUUCUAAGACCGUAUGCAGAAGCUCUCUUAGAUGAACGAUCUACAACAGCCACAACAGCAUUCAUAAAUGCCUGUGGAUCUCCAAUGCCUACAGCAUCUGCACUUGCAGAUUUAUUUGUUGCUAUAUUACAAGAUGCCCCAGCUCUUACAAUUAAUCCUAAUCCAACACCUUCAGAACUAGAAACUGCUUUGGAUUCUCCAAUUUUUGCAAUGUUGGAUUUUUUAAAUGGAGGGGGCACAGAAGCAAAGAAAAAAACUGUGGAUAAUGAUGACACUUUUGUUGUUUCCACUAUUAUGUACUGGUGCCAGGACUUUGAAGAUAAAGUUGGUGACUUACUUUCAGUCUUAUUAAGUACUCGCUACCCUGGCACAAGCCCUAAUAAGAGAAAACGAACUGGAAAACACAACAUUCCACCUAAUGCACCACCAUCUGCGGAACAGGUUUUAGGUCACUUGGAACAAAUAAGGGUAUGUUGUGUGGAACAAGAUGACAUGUCUAUUUUUAAAAUAGAAUGUAUGCAAAAGGCUCUUCAGCAUUCACAAUCAAAUAGUAGUGACGGAUUACGGAGACAAUACAGUGAACUGUUUUCUUUGGCAUGGGAAGAUGAAUUGCCAAUAUCACGAAGAGCCAGAAAGUUGAUUUCAAAUUCGCUACCUCUUAAUCAAAAUUUACAUUCAUCAAAUGAGGAUAGUGAGGAGGAAGAAAUUGUAAAACCGAAACAAGCUAAAAGGCGAAAGAAAGCUAUUUCAGAUAGUGAA